GUGAGCCCCCCCCAUCUGCUCGGUGUGCAGGCUUAGCUUCGAGCGGCUGAGCGAUGGAGAACCACAUGAUGGGGCACAACAAGGAGAAGCGUUAUGAGUGCGACGUGUGUGGCAAGGCCUGGCAGAAGCCGAGCCAGCUGGAGACCCACCGGUGGGAGCACACAGGAGAACGCCCCUUUGACUGCUCGGAGUGUGGCAAGAGCUUUAUCCACUACAACAACCUGCUGCAGCACAACCUUGUGCGCUCCGGCGAGAGGCCUUUCACCUGCUCCGACUGCGGCAAGAGCUUCAAGACGGCGAAUCACCUGAAGAGGCACCGGCAGGUGCACACGGGCGAGAAGCCCUAUGGCUGCUCCACCUGUGGCAAGAGCUUUGCCCAGUUGUCGGGGCUGUGGGAUCACCGGCGGGUGCACAGUAGUGAGCGGCCCUUCACUUGCUCCGACUGCGGCAAAGGCUUCAAGUCAUCCAAGCACCUGAAGGUGCACAGGCGCCUGCACGCCAGCGAGCGCCGCUACACCUGCAGCGACUGCGGCAAAGGCUUCACCCAGUCCAACAACCUGCUGUCCCACCAGCGCACCCACACCGGCGAGCGUCUCUAUACCUGCGCCAAGUGCGGCAAGGGCUUCACC